GGCUCUGAGCAGAGGCGCCGUGCUCAGCGUAAAGCCAGCAAAAUGAAAGCACUUUAAUUAUUUAUGGCUCUUUUUAGGCGAGAGCAGAGCGGAUGUUAUCUAUGGGAGCAUUUUGUCUCAUAUCACAAAGAAAAAUUAGAGAAAUGAGUAGUUUUAGGAGCAGCCAGCUCGGUGUAGUUUAAGAACACGUUCAGUGCAGGACUUCUCUGGCGUGUUGUUUGCCGUGUUUUCUCUGUUUCGUUUUAAACUGUCAUGGCUUUAGUGGUGUAUCUGAAAACGGUCACGGAGCUUCGUGGAAAAGGGGACCGGAUCGCCAAAGUGUCGUUUCGAGGUCUGUCGUUUUACUCAAGGGUGCUGGAGAACUGUGAAGAUGAAGCCAGGUUUGAGGAGGCUUUUCGAUGGCCAGUUGCCAGUAAAGUGGAUGGCAACGAGAUGCUAGAGAUCCAUAUAUACAACUACAGCAAAGUCUUCACCAACAGGUUGAUUGGCACCUUCCGGAUGGUUCUGCAGAAGGUGGUGGAAGAGGGUCAUUUGGAGGUGUCUGACACGCUCAUAGAUGACAACAACACAGCUAUUCAGACGAGCAUCUCCAUAGAGAUCAGGUACCAGCCGAUGGAUGGGAGUGUGCGGGUGUGGAGUGAUGGAGAAUUCCUGGACGUUCCUGAUGAUCGUGAUGGCAUGUUCCAGUUUGAGACAGAGAGUCUUCUGUCCUCACAUAGCUACAGCACAGGGACACCGCCGGGACGAUCCAGCCACGGCAUCCCCACAUUCCGAAAAGCAGGAAAAGGAGUGUUUUCAGCCAUGAAGCUUGGAAAGGUACGCAGCUCCAAAGACAACCACAAGAAAGGAGACGAUCCUGCCAUCUUGGAAACGGAGGAUCUUGAUCGUAAAGCUAUGCGUCUAGGGGGUGGGCUUGACCCUGAUGCAAUCUCACUGGCCUCUGUCACUGCAGUGACCACUAAUGUGUCUAAUAAGAGAUCAAAGCCUGAUAUUAAGAUGGAGCCUAGUGCAGGAAGGCCCGUGGAUUACCAGAUUAGUGUCACAGUGAUUGAGGCUCGCCAACUGGUGGGCUUGAACAUGGAUCCUGUGGUGUGUGUUGAGAUCGGAGAAGAGAAGAAGUACACGUCCAUGAAAGAAUCAACAAACUGUCCUUACUACAAUGAGUACUUUGUCUUUGACUUCCAUGUUCCGCCAGAUGUCAUGUUUGACAAGAUCCUGAAGCUGUCAGUAAUUCAUUCUAAAAAUCUUCUGCGGAGUGGAACACUGGUUGGCAACUUUAAACUAGAUGUAGGAACAGUCUACUCACAACCUGAGCAUCAGUUUUACCACAAAUGGGCCAUGCUGUCUGACCCUGAUGACAUCACAGCAGGGUGCAAAGGCUACAUAAAAUGUGACAUAGCAGUGGUGGGGAAAGGUGACAACAUCAAGACUCCACACAAAGCCAGUGAGACAGAUGAAGAUGACAUAGAAGGCAAUCUUCUGUUGCCUGAGGGUAUCCCGUCAGAGAGGCAGUGGGCCCGCUUCUAUGUGAGGAUCUAUCGAGCGGAAGGCCUCCCUAAAAUGAACACCAGCAUCAUGGCCAACGUGAAGAAGGCUUUCAUUGGGGAGAACAGGGACCUAGUGGACCCUUAUGUUCAAGUGCAGUUUGCAGGCCAGAAAGGGAAGACAUCAGUUCAGAAGAGCAGCUAUGAGCCCAUUUGGAACGAGCAGAUCAUCUUCACUGAGAUGUUCCCGCCCCUCUGUAAACGCGUGAAAGUUCAAAUCCGAGAUUCUGACAAGGUCAAUGACGUCGCCAUAGGAACUCAUUUCAUUGACCUACGAAAGAUUUCAAAUGAUGGAGACAAAGGGUUCUUACCUACUCUGGGACCAGCCUGGGUAAACAUGUACGGCUCCACACGUAACUACACCCUGAUGGACGAACACCAGGACCUGAACGACGGACUGGGAGAGGGUGUGUCCUUCAGGGCCCGCCUCCUCAUUAGUGUUGCCGUGGAGAUCUUGGACACUACCUCUUCUGAAAUAGUGAGCUCCACUGAGGUGCAGGUGGAGCCAGUCUCUAAUAUUUCAGAGAGUGCAACUGGAAAAGUGGAGGAGUUUUUCCUCUUCGGAUCGUUCCUAGAGGCUACUAUGAUUGACAGGAAGAUUGGAGAUAAACCAAUCAACUUUGAAGUCACCAUUGGCAACUAUGGUAACCAGAUAGAUGGAGUGAGUAAGCCUGUAGCAGGGAGGAAGAAGAAGAAGGAUGGCAUAGGGGAGAGUGAUGAAGAGGAGUCUGAGUUGAUCCAGAACUCCAGUGAUGAAGAGGCCGAGGAUGAUGGGGAUCUAGUAUCAGUGUCCACAAGCCCUCCAAUGAAACCUGUGAUCACUGACAGGAACUACUUUCACUUGCCGUAUUUUGAAAAGAAGCCGUGCAUCUACAUUAAGAGCUGGUGGCAGGAUCAGAGGAGACGCCUCUACAACUCAAACAUCAUGGACAAGAUUGCAGAUAAACUGGAAGAGGGUCUAAAUGAUGUUCAGGAGAUCAUAAAGACGGAGAAGGCUUUUCCUGAACGCAGGCUGAGGGGUGUUCUGGAGGAGCUGAGCACUGGUUGCAGUCGAUUUGUCACUCUGGCCAACAAAGAUCAGAACCUGGCAGGAAGAACUAAAUUAGAUCAGGAAAGGCUGAAGUCCUGCAUGAGAGAGAUGGAGAGCAUGGGCCAGCAGGCCAAGACAAUCCGCUCUCAAGUGAAGAGAAACACUGUGAGGGACAAACUCAAACUGGCUCUGAACUUCCUGCAUAGGCUCCGUUUCCUGGCUGAAGAGCCACAGCACAGCAUUCCAGACGUGUUCAUAUGGAUGAUGAGUAACAAUAAACGUAUAGCCUACGCACGCAUUCCUACCAAAGACAUCCUCUACUCUAUAGUAGAUGAGGAGAGGGGUAAAGACUGUGGGAAGGUCAAAGCUGUCUUCCUCCGGUUGCCUGGAAAGAAAGGCUUUGGUCCGGCUGGCUGGACAGUCCAGGCUAAGCUGGAGAUGUACCUGUGGCUGGGCCUGAAUAAACAGAGGAAGGACUUCCUGAGUGGUCUGCCCAGUGGCUUUGAGGAGAAUAAGGCAGUAAAGGGCACAGGCCUGCAGGCUGUACCUCCAAUCAGCCUUGUGUAUAACAUGAAGCAGGUGUUCCAGCUGAGGGCUCACAUGUACCAGGCUCGCAGUCUGUUUGCCGCUGACAGUAGUGGCCUUUCUGAUCCUUUUGCCAGGGUCUUCUUUUCCACACACAGCCAGGUCACAGAGGUGCUCAGUGAAACUCUGUGUCCUACAUGGGACCAGCUGUUGGUGUUUGAUAAUGUAGAGCUCUACGGUGAAGCGACUGAACUCCGUGAUGACCCUCCAAUCAUUGUCAUAGAAAUUUAUGACCAGGACACUGUGGGGAAAGCAGAGUUCAUCGGUCGAACUUUUGCGAAGCCGCUGAGCAAGAUGGUGGAUGAGCAUUACGGUCCGCCACGCUUCCCACCGCAGCUGGAAUACUACCAGAUCUACAGAGGAAACUGCCCUGCAGGAGAGCUGCUGGCUGCCUUUGAGCUCCUGCAGAUCCCUUAUGAUGAUGAGGAGAUCAGGAGGGCUCUUAUUGCUGUCCAUGACUUUGCUGUCCCUCAAAUUAAGAUUGGUCCAGCCGGACGGACAGAGCUCCCUCCAAUUGAUGGACCAUCUGAUGUUGACCGUGGACCCAUCCUACCGGUGCCUCUGGGUAUACGGCCCGUCCUCAGCAGAUACCGCAUAGAGGUUUUGUUCUGGGGCCUGAGGGAUCUGAAGAGAAUUAACCUGGCGCAGGUGGACAGACCUCGAGUGGACAUUGAGUGUGCAGGCAAAGGAAUCCAAUCAGCCCUCAUUCAGAACUACAAGAAAAAUCCAAACUUCAGCACUCUGGUGAAGUGGUUUGAAGUGGACCUGCCAGAGAAUGAGUUGCUCCAUCCUCCUCUGAACAUCCGAGUGGUGGACUGCAGAGCGUUUGGCCGCUACACCUUGGUGGGCUCACAUGCUGUGACUAGUCUACGUAAAUUCAUCUACACCCCCCCUGACAAGCGAGCUAACAACUGGGCCCAUACAGCUAGACUGGCCAAUGGCUACAUGGCUCUCACCAAUGGGACGUCCCGUUCCCGUCCCUACUCCCGCCCCAUCUCUCACUCCUCAGGUGACAUCGUGGUCAAUAUGGACUCUGAGCCCAACAUCAAGAAGAUGGAGACUGUUGUCAAACUGGAUGCUACCUCUGACGCAGUUGUUAAAAUUGAUGUGAAUGAGGAUGAAAAAGAGAAGGAGAAAAAGAAGAAGAAGAAAAAGAAGGGAGAGGAGGUGGAAGAAGAAGAGCCAGAUGAGAGCAUGCUGGACUGGUGGUCCAAGUACUUUGCCUCAAUAGAGACAAUGAUGGAGACCCUGCGAGCCCAGGAAGCAGCCUGGGCUGAGGCGGAGGAGCGGGAGGAUAUGGAGAUUGCAGCAGAGAACGCAGAAAUCAAAGGUGAUGACUCUCAUGUGAAAGGGACCAAGCCCAAAGAGAAGACAAAGUCCAAGAACUCCAAGGACAAGAAAAAGAACCAUGGCAGUGAUGGGACAGAGAAAAAAGUGCCCAAACCCAGAGUGGAUGAGCUUAUGGUAUACAAUAAGGAGUUGGAGAGUGAGUUUGAUCAUUUUGAGGACUGGCUUCACACCUUCAACCUAUACAGAGGGAAGGCUAUAGAUGACGAUGACCACAACAUGGUGGAUGAUGACAGGAUUGUCGGCCGAUUCAAAGGCUCGCUGUGCAUGUACAAGCUGCCUCUGUCCGAUGAGAUCACCAGAGAAGCAGGAUUCGAUCCUAAUAUGGGCAUGUUUCAGAGCAUCCCACACAAUGAUCCCAUCAAUGUGCUUGUGAGGGUUUACGUUAUCAGGGCAACAGACCUCCACCCUGCAGACAUAAACGGGAAAGCUGACCCCUACAUUGUUAUUAAGCUGGGAAAGUCAGAGAUUAAGGACAAGGAGAACUACAUAUCUAAGCAGCUGAAUCCUGUCUUUGGGAAAUCAUUUGACAUAGAGGCCACAUUCCCAAUGGAGUCUAUGCUGACAGUCUCAGUAUAUGACUGGGAUUUAGUUGGCACUGAUGACCUGAUCGGAGAGACCAAGAUUGAUCUGGAGAACCGUUACUACAGCAAACAUAGAGCCACCUGCGGCAUCGCAUCCAACUACUCUCUCCAUGGGUACAACGUGUGGCGAGACCCCCAGAAGCCCACUCAGCUCCUUGCAAAGUUGUGUAAGGAGGGUAAGCUGGACGGGCCGCAUUAUAGCCCAGGUGGAAAAGUCAAAGUUUCAAACCGCAUCUUUCUGGGGCCAACAGAAAUCGAGGACGAAAAUGGUCUAAAGAAGCAAACAGAAGAACAUUUGGCUCUUACUGUGCUGAAACACUGGGAGGAGAUUCCCCGAGUGGGCUGCAAACUUGUCCCAGAACACGUAGAGACCAGACCACUCCUCAAUCCAGAUAAACCAGGAAUAGAGCAGGGUCGAAUUGAGAUGUGGGUGGACAUGUUCCCGAUGGAUGGACCUGCACCAGGACCUGCCAUAGACAUAUCCCCACGCAAACCAAAGAAAUAUGAGCUCAGGGUGAUUAUAUGGAAUACUGACGAGGUAAUUCUGGAAGACGAUGAUUACUUCACAGGGGAAAAAUCCAGUGACAUUUUUGUCAGGGGCUGGCUGAAAGGACAACAGGAAGAUAAGCAGGACACAGACGUGCACUACCACUCUCUGACCGGAGAAGGAAACUUCAACUGGCGCUUUGUGUUCCCCUUCGACUAUCUAAUGGCGGAGGAGAAAAUUGUGAUCUCCAAGAAAGAGUCUUUGUUCUCCUGGGAUGAGACUGAGUACAAGAUCCCUGCCCGCCUCACCUUGCAAGUGUGGGAUGCUGACCACUUCUCUGCUGAUGACUUCUUGGGUGCAAUUGAGCUGGAUUUGAACCGUUUCCCUCGAGGAGCGAAAACAGCGAAGCAGUGCUCCAUUGACAUGGUGCUUAAUGAGCAGGAACUGCCGACCAUCUCAAUCUUCAAACAGAAAAGAGUGAAGGGCUGGUGGCCUUUUGUAGCGCGAGACGAGAAUGAUGAGCUAGAGCUUACGGGCAAAGUGGAGGCAGAGCUCCAUCUAUUGACAGCAGAGGAGGCAGAGAAAAAUCCCGUCGGCCUUGGAAGGAAGGAGCCAGACCCACUGGAGAAACCAAACCGACCCGACACCACCUUCCUCUGGUUCCUGAGCCCCCUGAAGGCCAUCCGCUACCUGGUGUGCAACCGCUACAAAUGGCUUAUUAUCAAGAUUGUCCUGGCCCUGCUGCUGCUGGUCAUGGUGGGCCUCUUCCUCUACAGCAUGCCUGGCUACCUGGUCAAGAAGCUGCUGGGAGCCUGAGAAGGCCAGCAUUGAACUGGAAAGAAAAAGAGCCGUUUAUUCACCCCCUCCACCUCAGAGUGGUCCAUCUACAAAGCUUCUCCUUCACUGUUCCACAUUGAUGCUGCUCGAUGCCUUUUGUGAAUUCUCCUUUUAGAAGAUCUACUAACUCGCACUGUUGCACACCAAGCUUUUUUCGAAAUCUUAAACUCUUAAAAAUAAAGGUUCUUAGCUUGGAUGUGCAAUACUGUACAAAGGUCUCAGACCACCUUUCAUUUACUUAAUUUUCAGUCAAUUAACUUCCAUCCAAUAACUACACUUAUUUUCAGGAGAUAUUUCUGAAAAGGUUAGAUAUAAGAUGGUCCACUUGCAUGAGAAGGGGACAGUCAAAGGGAAAUAAAUGAAAAACAGGCACUCCCAAAACUGGAGUUCAAAAAUUAUUAAGGAGUUUAAAGAAAGUGGGACUCCUAACAACCAUGCAAGACCUGGUAGACUUAAAGCUUUCAUCUUUGAGAGAGAGGAGAAAAUCAAGCUCCAGUCUUACUUCAGAUAUAAAAAACAUAGCUGUUUCUGUCCACCCUUCCACUGUGAGAAGACAACUCAGCACUAUGGGUCUGAAAGGAUGUAUAGCUGUCAAGAAGUUGUAACUGAGAAAAGAAAAUAGAAAAUAAUAAAAAAAAAGGAAAUCAAUAAAGAAGCUGCUGGUGUUCUCAGAAUAAUAGAGAGAGAUAACAGAGUUCAUAUCUAAACAUCACUCCAUGUGUUUGGGAUUGCUUGGAUCGUUAGGCAGAAAAUGCAACCGACCUCUAAGACUAAACUUUAGAGGGGUAGAAAAAUAUCCCUGCAGAUUUCUAUAAGCAAGUAUCCUGAAAAGAAUGCCAUUUUCUGUUAAACAUGUUUUCCACAUUCUAAGGAUGGAUCUUUGUAGUUUAGUCUUUUCUUAAUGCUGAAAAAUGAACAACUUAAUGGUAGUAAGUACACUUAAUGGCCAUUUUGACAAGAUGUUGAAUAAAUGAAGGGUGGUCAUACUUCCAAUUGGUUCUUCACUCAUAUCUCAUGUACAAAAAAUGGGUUCUUUAAAGAACAAUACAUUGAAACAUUCCUUAAGAAACCAAAGGUUGUUCAUCUAUAGCAUGGCUCCUAUUAACGCUUUUGAGAACCUUUAUUUUUAAGAGCGUACAUUCCUGAAUCCUUCAUCUCUGUUUAUAUUGCCCAGUCAGAGGUAAUCUGUUCCAGUUCUGAAGGGCGGUGAUGUGGUGAUUCCCCUGCUUAAAUAAUUAACCAAUGAGUCGAAUCAGGAGCAUUUUAGAAGUAAAUAUGCUGAACUUCAGGGCUGCGUCCAAAACAGAUCAUUCACACUUUAAGGAUAUGUAUGGCUUGCUUAAGAUUCUGUCUUUAUUGUAAAUGUACAAACUUGAAUGCAGCUGAUAGCACAACAGUAAGCAUGCAACGAUGUCUUAAAACCGAAUUGUCUAUCAUUAACUAAUGCUGAAAACAAGCUUUUCAUGUACAUGAGAAUUUGAUGUUGCGUUUGCCUUGACGAUUGCACUUUGAAUCCAUGACAUUUCAUCAUGAAUGUUGAGAGACAGAGAGAGACAGAGACAGAAGGAGAAAGGUUUCUUUUUUUCAGCAUGAUCGUCUUAGUCCAGCACAGCUGUAUAUUAUUCCCUCUUCUCCUUGCUGUUGGUUUACAUUGUUUGCUGUGCAUAGCACCAUAGUUUUGUACCUGCUUGCUCUUUCGCCAGGACAACUUUGUGUUUCAUGUGAUUGUGUUUACUGAUCAAAUUUGAUAACUGACCUGAUUGCACUAAAUCUAACUUAUUUAUAUCAUAUAGGGUGUAUUUAUAAUUGCUGUUUACCAGUGUGAAGCAUUUAGGUAUUUAUUAAUUUAUUUUUGUCUGUAUGAAGAUUGAAUAAAAUGAUCUUGUUGAAAUAAAGUUGCCUGAGUGCUGUU